AUGCAGGUGUCCAUAGCCUGUACAGACCAUAACCUGAAGAGGGGGAAUGGAGACCACAGCAAGCAGAGUGCAACCAGCCCUAAUGUGGUCAACCAAGCCAGGGCAAAGUUUCGCACCGUGGCCAUCAUCGCUCGCAGCUUUGGGUCCUUCACUCCCAGGCACCACAUCUCGCUGAAGGAGUCCACAGGGAAACACACCGGCAUGAAAUACAGGAACCUUGGCAAGUCAGGACUCAGAGUAUCAUGCUUGGGACUGGGUACAUGGGUGACAUUUGGGGGACAGGUGACAGAUGAGGUUGCAGAGCAGCUGAUGACCAUUGCCUACGAGAGCGGAGUCAACCUGUUCGACACAGCAGAGGUCUACGCGGGUGGCAAGGCUGAGGUCAUCCUAGGAAACAUUAUCAAAAAGAAAUGCUGGAGGCGGUCCAGUUUGGUCAUCACAACUAAACUCUACUGGGGAGGAAAGGCAGAGACGGAGAGAGGACUGUCUAGGAAACACAUCAUUGAAGGUUUGAAGGGCUCGCUACAGAGGAUGCAGUUGGAAUAUGUAGAUGUUGUUUUUGCCAACCGCCCAGACCCAAACACACCCAUGGAGGAGAUUGUGCGGGCCAUGACCUAUGUAAUCAACCAGGGCAUGUCCAUGUACUGGGGAACCUCACGGUGGACUGCCAUGGAGAUCAUGGAGGCCUAUUCUGUGGCCAGACAGUUUAACCUGAUCCCUCCAGUAUGUGAGCAGGCAGAGUACCAUCUCUUCCAGAGAGAGAAGGUAGAAGUGCAACUGCCUGAGCUUUACCACAAGAUAGGAGUGGGAGCCAUGACAUGGUCUCCACUGGCGUGUGGCAUCAUCACUGGGAAGUACGAAAAUGGCAUUCCCGAAUCCUCCAGGGCCUCAAUGAAGUCAUACCAGUGGUUGAAGGAGAAGAUAGUGAGUGAGGAUGGCAGGAAGCAGCAGGCGAAGCUGAAGGAGCUCACACACAUCGCUGAGAAGUUGAGCUGCACCCUCCCUCAGCUGGCCGUGGCGUGGUGCCUGAGGAAUGAAGGCGUGAGCUCUGUACUCCUGGGAACCUCCACCCCUGAACAGCUCACCGAAAACCUAGGGGCUAUACAGGUCCUUCCCAAGAUGACAUCUCACAUGGUGUCAGACAUUGACCACAUACUGGGUAACAGGCCUUACAGUAAGAAAGACUACCGCUCCUAG